AUGGCGUUCAAGUACCUACCGUUAGAUACUAACACAAGGACACUGUGUGUCGACGAAAACAAGCGCAACGAAGAUGCUGAUGUAGAAAAAGACAGUUCUUUGAGAAAUGAUAAUGUUCAAAUACCGUUAGAUACUAACACAAGGAUACUGUGUGUCGAUGAAAACAUGCACAACACGGAUGCUGAUGUACAAAAAGAGGACAGUGGUUUUUUAGGAAAUAAUGACGUUCAAGUACCGUUAGAUACCAAUACAAGAUUAGUGUGUGUCGAUGAAAACAUGCAUAACAAUAAUACAGAGGCUGGUAUGGAAAAUUUUGAAGUUUUAAUGUCCGUUGAUGUAGAUGUGAUAGAUGCAGCAGAUAUAUACGUAGAAGGUAUGAAUACACCUUUCAUAGAAGAUACAAAUACAAUCGUAUCUAGUGGACAAAUAAUUAAUCCAGUGUCAUCUCCUUCAUCUCAAGUACCUUCUUCAAUAUCUACAUCACAUA